AUGCUGACGCACACCGGAGAGAAGCCCUACCAGUGCAACGAGUGCGGCCACAAGUUCAACCAGAGCAGCUCACUGCGUAAUCACAUCAUCGCCAUUCACACCAAAAAGUUUCCGCACGUCUGCUCCGUUUGCAACAAGGGCUUCCUCAUGCCGGCGGUGCUUGCCAAGCACAUCCAGCAGACGAACCACUGCGCAGAGGGCGGUGAAGCGGUGGGCAGCGCCGGUAGCUCGGCAUCACCGGGCACGACGCAGGACACCAACUCCAAGGAUGAAAACCACUACGAUGAGAAUCAACACAUUGAAAAUCAACACAAUGAGGAGUCCCUGUAUGGCAGCAUGUACAGCAGCUGA